ACAUUUUUAACGAUAAGAAGUGGAUAAGAAAUGAUAGCGUUUUUUUAUAUAAGUAUUAAGCGCACAUGAAAAUAUUCGCAAAUUCCUUCGAACUCGCGUUGAACAAAAGCGUUGCUACGUUUUCGUUGAACUUUUUCAAUAACGAACAGCCAAAUUUUACUUUAAUUAAAUUUAUUUUAUAAUUUAUCUGUGAACGGAUAAUUGAAGAGUAUAAGAAUUGAAAGAUAAUAUUAUUUCUUCAAACGAUGAAAAUUCCAACGUUAAUAUUCUUGUGCAUGGUGUUCAUCUGUGGACUCCAUGGUCUAUCUGAUGCAGCCAGUAUCCCAACAGGAAAAACUAUGGAUACUACAGAAAUUGGAAACAAUGGCUUUGACUUACUUUCAAACGUCGGCAAUCUUCUAGAAUGUAACCUAUUGGGAUCGGAUAAAAUACCUUCUUCUGUCGAAAUUUCAACAAAUCCUCUAAGAAGUUUGAAAGCAGUCCUUUGUUUUUUCUUUGAAAGAAUUAUUGAUACUACAGAGAAGAUAACGAAUAAUAAAUUAGUACAGCCCAUGGGUGUAAUAUUUGAAAAUAUUGUACCGUCAUUGAAGGAGCUCUUGCAGAAUGUGCUUGACAGUCAUAUUCUUUCACCAACAUAUUCUUCUUUGAUUCAUACUCUCUUACAGUUAUACAAUAUGGGCAUUUUGUUGAGUUCACUAAGCAACACUAUAUAAGAUUUUUUAAUAAUUUUCUCUCUCUCUCUCCUUCUCUCCCUCUCUCUCUCUCUCUCUCUCUCUCUCUCUCUCUCUCUAUAUAUAUAUAUAUAUAUAUAUAUAUAUAUAUAUCUUUCUGCAAAAUUAUUCACGAAAGAUUAUACGUAGAAAUUUUACGUUGAGAGAAAUUGAACACGAUUAUUGUUUUAUGUAUAUCUUUUUUCUUUUUGCUUUCUUAAUAAAUCUUUAGCAAAAUUUAUACACAAAAUUUAUAAUACACAUACAUGUAUAUAUACGUACAUAUUAUAUAGAAUUUAAUCAUAUUAUUAAUUAUAAUUUAUUACUAUUUUAACAUUAACACAUUUAUCUUCGGCCAGAGAUUUCUUUUUCUGUCGGCGAAAGUUUAACGUAAUCGAGCAAUAUUACGAAAAGGUUUCAACGCAAAAAAUAUUUUUAAUGGUUACUGAUAAAUAAAUGCGGGUUGAAAGUAUUCUAAACAUUGGUACAAUAUAAAGAAAUCUUAUAAAGUAUAUACAUAUAGUACAUAUCAAAAAUAGCGUAUUAAACUAUACAGGAAGACAUCAAUGAUUUAAAAACUAGUUAUUAUAAUUCUAUUAAGAUUUUCGAAUGAUCUAUUAUCAUAGACUUUUUUUUUUGGAUCGGAUACUUCUAUGCAAUUUACUAAUGAAACUUUCUAAACGAGUUUCUAUCUAAUGCGAGUUACGGAAAGAGUUUACUAUGAAUUAUAUUAAGGAAUUAUGUAAGACAUCUCUUUCAAUAAACUCAUUAGGUUAAUUUCAAAAAUGUCGCAACAUCUAUAAUUUAGAGAAAAAUAAAUCAUUACAAAAAGAUGA